CUUUAAAAUCAAAAUUAGCUGAAGAAAGAAAGUAAUUGACGAAGGCGAUGGAAGCUUCCAUAUCUCAGUUCCGCGACGGCUUAGCUCGUAUCUGCAACCACAUCGACUCUACCUCCGCCGCCCUCCUUCAAUCCCUCAACCGCCGUCCCAUUCCUUUCGAUUCUGCUUCGGUAUCGUUCGUGCAAUGUUUAAACCGACGAGUAUCUACUGCCACUAGUGAUCUCAACCUCCUAGAAUCGAUGACGUUUGAUACGGUGUCGUUUGAGGAGUUGUUAGGUCAUUGUAAUGAGGUUUAUAAGAAGAAUCAGAUUGAUAUUGUUGAGCUAGAGGACCGGCUUUCGGAUUUUGGAUAUGUUCCUGGGCUGGACACUGAUGAACCAAAAGAAGACACAAAUGAUACAGAAUUAAAUACAAGUACUCCUUUGGAUUUGAAGAAUACGAUGGAAGACGACUCUUUAUUGGAUGAUACGUUGAGCUUGCGGUAUCUUGGUAUUUCUGAUGCUUCUCUGGCCACAAUUGUAUCCGAAGGUAACAAUGCGAUUGAGAUGGAUCAGUUAUAUGAGCCAGCCACGGAUAUCUCAGCAAUAGAAAAGGAUGAACAGAAUGGAUUGAAACCAUUUGAAGAUUCCGAUUCGUUUAUAGAUGUACAUAAAGAAGUUUAUGACAGUCUUCCUUCAUAUCUGAAAUGUUUAGCAUCUUGGGAGGAUUUGGUUGCUGCUGUUGAAAAGAUGAACUUACAUCUCAAACAGAAAACCAAGAAUGGCAACUUCUUCACCCAAGAUGAUCUUUCUUCUCUGGACUUAGGCCCUAAAAUCAGAUCCUACUUGGUGUUACUCAUGAAGAUGAACCGCUUAGUCGUGGAGACCAUUGAUGGCUUAAUUUCGUAUAGAGUACUCUAGCUGGUAGUUUACAAACCAACCAACGUACAACAUCACUAUUAAUUCUUCGUAAGUUCUCUCAGUUGGUUUGCCGGUUUGGUCAUGUAAGAUAUAGGGAAAUUAUAGACAGUUUUGUGUCUUACUCUUACGCUGUAGAUUGCGUAACAUUAUGUGUUGUGAAUGAAGUGAGGAUCACUAAUGGUAAAUCAU